AUGUUAAUGGCUCAUCCAAACAACAUAGUUUAUCACGAUUUUCGUCAAGUUUUCACUGAUUACAUGCACAGACAACCAUUUUUUGUUGAUGAAAAUCUACUCAACAGAUUCAUGUUAGUUUUAAUUUUUUUUGUUUUAUUUGUUUUUAAUAUGAAACGUUUUUCAGUAAAGAAUACCUAGCUAAUCCCACAGUUUAUGAACCGUUUCUGAAAUCAUUUUUCAUGCACGAAAAUGUAUUUGUAAGUUUAUUUUUUGUUUCAAGAGUCAUUAAAUUUUUAUUUUAAUUAUAAUGAGCCCUAAAUUUCAAAAUAUUCAGUAUCGCAUCAGAAUUCGAGAUGUUGCGCUUCAUGUUUGUGCUAAAUGCAAAAGUAUUAGAAAAUUCAUUAUAAAAUUGACAAUGGAUUGUUUGUGGAAAUCAGAAAUUGAUGUCUUCGACAACAAAUUAUUGUUUGUAAUAUUGUAUAGACACAAAGUCGAUUGUAAGUUCAAGAUCACAUACCAAAAUUUCCAAAAUUGAGAACGAUUUAUCGUGAUUUUUUUCAGCAGCAAACACUGUGUACGGAAUAAUUCAAUCUGAAACGGAUUAUAAAUAUCAAGCAUCAAUGAUUGUUGGUGUUUUGAGCACUUUACAAGAAAAUGAUAUUGUUACUCACAAAAAAGUUGUUUUUCAAAUUAUUUUCGCUGUCAUGAAAAAAUUGAAUAUGCAAGACAUGGAAAAUUUGAAUCGUUUUCUCAAAGAUAACAAGUCUAUCAAUAUUCAAGAUUUUUUAACUUUCAUAAUGCAAAAAUACAAAGACUGCGAAACUGUCAAAAGAAUUGUGUUUGGUUUUUUGGAAACAUCACACUCAUUCAAAGGAAAUCAAUUAGAAAUAUCUGUUGAUAUUCUUGCAAAGGUAAGUAUACAUAUUUAGAUCAGCAUGUUUUUAAAUAAUGCAUUUUUUUCAGUUUCUGAAUUUACACUCCAAAAACUCAUAUCGAAACACAGUUGAUAAGUUGGAACAGGACAACAUUGUGACUCCACAGGUUUUGAUGUUGGCAAAAGAGAAAAAUCGAAAGAAAUUAGAAACGUAUUUUCAUGAUAUACAAGAUGAUUUUGCAAUUAUCACCGAACUUGAUAAAAUUAAACAUUUUGCAUCACAUAAGGAAAUGACUCAACUUAUGAUGACAAAAGUCCAUAUACUUUUCUCGAAAAAUGAAGCGCAUCGUAUAAGAUUUGGAAUGGUAAGUUCAAAUUUUAUUUUCAUCUCGAUUUCUCAACAAUAAACAUUUUUCAGAGCUUGGCAGCAAAUAGUUAUGACGAAAACUUCAAAAAUCAACAAUCUUAUCGGGUUGUUCAUGAUGUUUUAAGAUACGCUUGGUCCAAAAUUCCGGAAAAAAGCGAAGAAUAUAUUGUAAAUCUUGCGGAAAUUGAGAUAGUUUUACAGCUUCUUCAAAAUCUUGUACGUGUUGAUUGUAAAACACGACCGUUGAUCCUGGAAAGUGAACCAAAAUACAUCUCAAGAUUAGAAGCUUUUUAUCAUGAUCUGGCUGAACAUCAAAUACGAACUCAAGAAAAAGAAAAGAAAAUGAUGCUUUGUCAAUUACAGUAAGUCGUAAAAUAGCAUAAUUUUGAGUUGAAUCAAUCAUAAUUUCAGGGCUCUUAUAUGUAACUUUCUGUAUUUCAACAACAAAGGAGUUCCAACUUGUCCAUCUUUCCGAGCUAGCAAAACUCGUGUAUUUGGAAAAGACUGUAUCGGAAAAAUUCUAUCAAAAGAAAAAAGAUAUAUCAUGUUUGAGAAACGUAAACACAGAUAUUUCAUACCUAAAUCCUAA